AUGUUUAAUGUUCAAAUAGACAAAUUUGGCUGCUCUCUGAAAUACAGCAAAACAAAGAUGUCUUCGUCUAAGAGUUCAUCGAUAUAUGACUUUUUGGAAGCUUACAAAGAAAUUAAAGGGACAAAGCUCAAGCAUGGGUGUAAAUAAGGCUAGCCAGAAAGGCUAUAGAGGACGGAAAAAUUGGUUUAUGAGGAUGAAAAUGACCAAUGAAUCAAAGAUAAAAGAUGUUAUCUCUCAGAUCCAGUAUAUUCAUGAAUCCUCUGUCGAAAGUGCUGAGAGAUAUUACUCCAAAUCUUACCAUUCAAGUGAGUCCUCCAGAGUCUCUCUUAAAGAGGACCCUGUAGUCAAGAACCAUCAGAUUUCUCCUGCUAACUUCAGUCCAACCGUCAUGAAGAAGAUGAAAAGAAUUCAGAGAACCAUUCGAAAUAAGAAAGAGUUUAGAAGUGUUGGAAGAAAUUAUUUAAGGAAUAACCUGACUAGCUCCUUCCUCCCUAAUAGCCAAAACACUCUGUCUGCUCAGCGAGCGCUGAACUACUCAAGUUUCAAGACGAAGUCUCAAUCACCACCUCAGUACAGAACCCAUGUCUUUAAAUCUCAGAGGGAUCAGACAUUUCAGCCAUUUCUAACUCCUAGGGUUCCUUUAGAGGAGCUUGCACGAUCUAGAGUGCAGAAUGCCAUUCCUUCACUGAGAUGCUCAAAGAGGUUUUCAAGUUCGUUCUCCACGAAACCUAAAUGGAGUCAUAAUACAAAAGUGUCAAGGAUUGUCAGGAAAUAACCUGAAGGAGCCUGGGACUGCCUCGAUUACCGACACUCGGUUCGUCCCAGUGAACUUACAGAUACAGAGAAAGGAUAAUGAGAGCAAUAUGGCCCUUAGAAUCUUGACCAAGGAGCGUAAGAACAAGGUCAAAGAGAGCGAUAUCCCCCUCGAUGUGCUGUUCAACCAGGAACUUAAUGAUUAUAAGCUUGAGGAAGCAAGAGCGCUUCAGAAGCCCAAACCCAUAGUCUUCAGAAUUUCUCAGGUUAAAGAAUCAAAAGGAAAAGGCAUGAUCGGCAAAGUCCGCUUCGAGAUCGAAGGCGGAGGCAAGCCCAUUGAUGCCAAUUUUGUUAGGAAAUAACGAAAUAGAGUUCUUCGAGUUCGUUGAAGGGUUUAAUGACAACUAUGUAAAAUAGCCAAACUAAGAAAUCAAGCAGGAUCUCUGUAGCCCACAGACCGAGAGUGAGCCUAGUGAAGAAGUUCUCCAGAAUAUACACAGGAAUGGAGUUCAAACUUAAGCUAAAUAGAGGAGUUACCUUUAAAAAUCCAAAACAAAGCAACGAGAAUACUAUUAGUAUCUCUGAGUACAGUUGUGACACUGAUAAGUCAGGCCCAUCAUCUAAGUCGAGGGCUUCUUCCCUAAUGAAGAUGAGACUCUCCAGAAAGUCUAUCAUAUCUAGGUCUUCGAUUAAGAAAAUAAACUACAAGGAUUCUAAAUAAGAGAAUUCUUGGGUCUAAGCGGAAUACUAGUUUUAAAAAUUAUAAGAGAAAUAGACAGCCUUCAGAUGAUAACUCAAGUCAAGUCUCACUAGAUGUAGUCGAAGAGAAGAGUUAUAUUUCAGAGUCAGAAUCUGAGGAUAGCCAGAAGACUAAUUCAGUUAUGACUAAUAAAGACUUUGAAUUUCCAAAAGCGAAGCUGAAUAGUAGUAUACUAGAAUCAAAUUUAUUAUGCCCAUCACCAGAGAUACGGAAGACUCCUAACCUGAGGACUACCUCCAAUAAAAUCAAGCCUGUGAAUCAGAAGAAGUUUCGUUCACGAGCAUCCAUGAUUCCGAAGAAGUUGCAGCCAAGGAAAACCCUGAUUCAUCGUGGCUCAAUCCUGAAGGAUUUCGCAAUGAAGAACAUAAAUAUCAUCCGAGAGAGCUCCUUUGACCAAUCUUCAUCAGUUUCAGAAAUGCGAUCUGAUGCCAUGGCCAGCAUCGCCAGGAUUAAUGAGAUCUAUUCGCCUAGGAGCUCCAUAAAGAAGCAAAAGAAGAACACUAGGCAGAAAGGCAUAUACCUCUUUGAUAUUGAAAUGCAAGAUAAGAUCAUUGAUGCAACUGUCGAUCUUUCUGGGCUGAAUAGGGAUCAUAGGUUUGUUAAGCCAAGCUCUGAAACCAAGCAAAAGAAUCUCUGUCUUGCUUCGAAGCAAUAUGGCAGCAAAUGGUUUGUCCCUCCAAAGAAAUGGAAACAGAUUUUUCAAAAAGCUCUUCUGCAGGAGGAAGCUAAUGGGAAUAAAUCCUUAAAGACAAAUAUCGCACUUACAAACAUGAUUGAUAGGAUUAAGGGAGUAUCAAAGACUCGACCUGUUUCCCCGUUGAGCCCACCUUAUAUCCCAGAGCCUGCUCCUAAGGAUGCAUCGAAGAUUGAUGUAGUAAAGAACUUCCAAGAGGAUAUUUCAAAGUUGAUGGAAGAACAAAAAUAAUUUCUGUUGUAAUUU